GAAAAUAGCAAACCCGAUUUCAAAUAUAAAAAAAUUAAAGAAACAGCAAACACAUUGCCCAGAAAAAUCCCUUUUGUUCCCAAUCAAAUGGACUAAAAGCUCGAUCUUUGUAUAUUAAUCUGGUCAAGAGGGGUUUUUCUUUCGACGGUGGUAGAAAAAGAUUGUCCUUUUGUUUCCCUUUUAAAAUUCUUUUAUUUUAUUUUGAGGCCUCGUCUGCAAUUGAAGCAAGUUUCAACAGAGAAGCCAUAGGCUUUUGCUCGAGAGUUUCUUGCUUUUUGUUCCGCGUACGAUUAAAAAUGGCUUGCAAGAUUACUUGGGUGUCUUUUUUCAGAUUUCUACUGUUGUCAUUGCUCGUCGUUGGUAUUGUAAUUGCUUGCUUCACUCUCCCUGUUGAAAAGAUGCUAAAGGAUUUCUUGGUAUGGGUAGACCAAGACCUUGGUCCUUGGGGUCCUCUAGCAUUAGCUGUGGCAUACGUCCCUCUCACGAUAUUGGCAGUUCCAGCUUCAGUGCUUACACUAGGUGGUGGGUAUCUCUUUGGUUUGCCUAUCGGCUUUCUUGCCGAUUCUAUUGGUGCUACAUUGGGUGCGGGAGCUGCAUUUCUUCUUGGUCGAACUCUGGGGAGGUCAUUUGUGAUCUCCAAGUUAGAAGACUAUCCGCAGUUUAAUGCAGUUGCAAUCGCAAUUCAGAAGUCAGGAUUUAAGAUUGUUUUGCUACUUCGGCUAGUCCCUUUACUUCCAUUCAACAUGCUCAACUACCUCUUGUCAGUGACUCCUGUCCCAUUAGCUUCAUACUUGUUGGCUUCCUGGUUGGGAAUGAUUCCAAUUACUCUUGUCCUGGUAUAUGUUGGGACAACUUUAAAGGAUAUAUCAGAUGUGACUCAUGGAUGGAGUGGAUUAUCUAAAACCAGAUGGGCAUUUAUUGCAUUGAGCUUUGUUGUGUCCGUUGUGUUAAUGAUCUAUGUUACCCGAGUCGCAAAAGCUGCUUUAGAUAAAGCAUUAGCGGAGACCGAAGUUACAAAUGGUGAUAUCUCGUCAACUGAACAACCAGCUGAGGUCAGCGACUCGGAAAAUCUCCAUCAGCCACUUCUAAUUAAGGUUGAUGAUGAUGCUUCUCAAGAGAACCUCAAAAAGUAGGUCUUAUGCUCGAUUUUUUUUCUUUUGUAUAGUAACAUAGUCUUCGGUUAUAGGUAUUUUUUACAACUCACUAUUUUUGCUAUGCAUACUUGUUGAAGUUCGAUGAAGUCUCGAAUCUUACUUGUAGUGUAAGUAAUUUAUUUUUUAUUUUUAUUUUUUACGCUCGUUCUUGUAGAACAAUUUGGAGUGAGAGCCUGUUUGGAAUUGUAAUGUUGCAAAAUUGGUGGGCCUAUUUGUAAUAUUGUAGAAUAUUUGACGGAAGGAAGGUAUGAAAAGUAGGGCGGUUAUGGUAAUUUCUGAAUUUAGUCGGGUUUUCUUGAAAUUAGACCAAACCCACUGUGUUUGUUUUUGUAAUCAUGCUGGAAAAGAAUGUUGUGGCCAUGGAAGUUAGCAGUAGGAGCUAUCUGUGUGUGUGUGUGUGAUUUUUUCCUUGGUCAGGAGAUUGAAAGUUACUAUUUAUCACAGAUCAAGAAAAUACAAGUUUACUGAAGUGAAAUUUAUGAUACAUUUUUUUUUUUGGUCUGUGGGGACUAAGGA